UGUUCUCCAUUUCAACACGCUGUGCGUCGGUGAGGGGGAUUUGCCGCGUCCGAGCUGGUCGGUCAAUCUCUGAACCUGUUCACAUUGCGCGCUCAGUGAUCCGUGAAUAUCGCCCCCAGAAAGUGGAUACCAGCAAGUUUCGUAGGGGGAAUCAGCUGCUGUUUUCUUGACUAAGCGCAGCUUGGUUGCUGAAUUAACUUAUUUACAAACUCAAAAUGGAGAAUCAGAAUGACGGUAAAUACCUGCCCGAGCUGAUGGCAGAGAGAGACAGCCUGGAUGCGUCAUUCACACACGCCAUGAAACUUUUAUCCGCAGAAAUUGCGAGACUAGAGAAAGGUGAUCCAGAGACAGAGGAUAAGGCGGCAGCCGAGACCUACCUGGACCUCUUCACAACCAAGAACAUCAAGCUGAAGGAACGUGUCCUCAUACCAGUUAAACAGUACCCCAAGUUCAACUUUGUGGGGAAGAUUCUGGGGCCUCAGGGAAACACAAUAAAGCGUCUGCAGGAGGAGACGGGUGCCAAGAUCUCGGUGCUGGGGAAGGGAUCCAUGCGAGACAAGACCAAGGAGGAGAGCUUGAGGAAGAGUGGCGAGCCCAAGUACGCACACCUAUCCAUGGAGCUGCACGUCUUCAUCGAGGUGUUCGCGCCCGUGCCCGAGGCCUACGUGCGCAUGGCCCACGCCAUGGAGGAGGUCAAGAAGUUCCUCUUUCCGGACAUGAUGGAUGAGAUUUGUCAGGAGCAGUUCAGGGAGAUGAACUACCUGAACGGGACGCAGGAGCACCCCCCACGCGGCCGCGCAGGACCCCCCGUCAGGGGCCGAGGGGCACCGCCGCAUCCUCCCCCCGCCACGCUCAGGGGUAGAGGCCUCCCGCCUCGAGGUGGCGCCCCACGCGGCGGCCCCCCCAGAGGGGGUGCAGUAAGGGGGGCCCCGGCAGGACGAGGGGGGCCCCCUGCCCAGCCUGGCAGGGGGGCAGCCGUCACCCGCGCCCACCCACCGGCCCCCGGGGCCCCACGCAUGCCCCCGCCACCCCCACCACACCCGCCCGCACAGGAGACCUACGAGGAAUACGCUUACGAUGAGAACUACACAGAGUCAUCCUAUGAGUCAUACGACAACUACUACAAUCAGACACAGACAGAGCCAGAGUACUACGACUACGGGCAUGGAGAGACGCAAGAAAGCUAUGAAUCAUACGGUCAGGACGACUGGAACGGAACCCAGCGCACGACGCCGGCGGUCAAGGCCCCUCCCCCAACACAAAGGCCAGCGAAAGGAACAUACCGGGAACGCUACGCGCCCUACUGAGCCCCUCGCCUUGCCACCAGCGGAACAGUCUCCCCUUCCUUAAAGCGUCACCUUGACAACAACAACAACAACUACAACUGUCUCCCACGGCAGCUCACGCAUUACUACGCCGCCUGCCCCCCCGACAAAAGUAAUUGUCUAUUAUCCCACCCUCCGCCUCCCACUCCUCUUCAACUCGUUUAAGUUGUUUCUUUCUUCUACCUACCUACCUACCUUGGGACUCGUUGCAAACGACGAAAUCAACUUCGGCGACAAAGAAAAAGGCCAAACCAAAUAAUACGAAAGAGAGAAAAAAAAAACGGAUAUGAGAGAAUACAUCUGUUUUUGCUUCAAGAUUGACCACGUUUUUCCUUUUUAAACUGCUGCUGAUGAGUUUUGGGAAAAGUGGCUUUGUUUUCAGAAGUCUUUACUUUUGCUACUUGCCCUCCCUCCCUCCUUCCUUCUCUCCCCACUGCCCCCAUGUCCUCCCUGUCCGUUGCUUUUUUUUGGCUUGCAUUGUUUACAGCAGAUUUCUUUUUCUUUUCUCUUUUCUUUUUUAGUUUUUUUUUCUUCUUCAGUGGUUUGGUUGGUUAAAAUUAGUGACAUUUAAAAGUUUCAACAUUUGUACAGAGACAUGUUUAGUGUCCAAGUUUUCCUACCUUUUAAUUUGUGUUUAAUUUUUUAAAAAUGACUUUAUAUAGAUGUGCAGUUGCAGAUUCCCACUUAGGCUACAUUUCAAAAUUCUGUUAAAUAUCAGCAAAAUAACAAAAUACCCGUAAAAGUAAUUUUUAUUUAUGUAAUACUCUGAGAGAUUUAAUUUAGGAAAGGAAAAGGCUUUGCCAACAGUCCAAUUCAUGAUUAUUUACACCAUAUUUGCUUUAAAUAGUCUUAAAAGUUGUAAAUAUAGAGUUAAGACAUCAAUAUUUUUCAUUGUCUAUUAGAGUUUUGAAAUAUAGCCCUUUUAGACACUGUCGAGAUGGACUGUCCUCAAAUCCUUAAUUUUUUAAAAGAUUAAUCAUUUAUGGCUGUUUAAAUAAAAAAAUCCUUUCGUAAGAGAGAGGCCCAGUUUUGGCUCAUCCUCAUGUAAAAAAAGAAAGAAAAAAAUGAAAUAAAAGAGGAUUUUCAUCGGUGAUACCAUGCUAUAUAAACUGCAUGCUCAAACUUUGUGUAAGAAAGGAUUGGGACAAACAAUCUCUACAAGGGUCGUCUCUUUCUAAUGUAAAGGGAUCCUGCAGCUAAAUUCAAACUUCUUGUACAUACUUUAAAAAAACGUUCAAACUGUACUGCCAUUUAGUCUCUGUAUCCUAUCCGUAAAAUUGCAUUAUGCUUCAUGUGUGAGCUUGCCUAAAUAGGUAACUAAAUCUGUCCAAAAAAUGUUUUGCAGCAGUUUGUCAAUAAAGCUUAGAUUGUUUUCUAUGAAACCUUUAA